AUGCUUAUAGUCUACACAGACGGCCGCGUUGACCGGAUCGCUGAUUUUCCGUAUGUUCAUCCGUCGCCGGAAAACCCGUCCGCCACUGUCUCCUCCAAAGACGUCACAAUCUCUCCUCAUAUCUCCGCCAUAAUCUACCUCCCAAGGCUCGUCGCCGCUGACAAAAAACUCCCCAUCUUAAUCUGGUUCCACGGCGGUGGCUUUUGCAUCGAAUCCCCCUUCUCCUCUCUCUACCACCACUACCUCAAAAUUCUAACAUCGGAGGCCCAAGCCGUCGUCGUCUCAGUCGAGUAUCGGCUCGCACCAGAGAACCCCUUGACGACCGCGUAUGAGGAUUGUUGGGAAGCUCUACAGUGGGUCGCUUCUCAAGAUUAUCAUUGGCGGCGGUAA